GCGACUGUGCGGAGAAAUACAGCCGGAGCCUCCCUCCUGUCACACUCACACUCGCACACUCACAGGGCCAGCUCGGGCUCUGCCGCCUGCACAUCACCCUGAGCUGUUGCAGGAGCCUACACCAUGGAGGUCAGUGAAUCACAACAGCAAGUGGACAGGCGGCAGGUCAUUGCGGAGAAGCGACGGCGCCAGGUGGAAAUUGAAAACAAGAGACGCCAACUGGAGGAUGACCGAAGACAGCUACAACAUCUCAAGUCUAAGGCUCUUCGGGAGCGAUGGCUCCUUGAAGGUGCUCCAGCGUCCACCCCUGAAGAGGAUGAAGCGACCAGGAGACAAAUGCAGGAAGAUGAGCUCAGGACUCGAGAACUGGAAGACACCAUUCAGAGACUCGAGGCAGAACUGGAGUUACUGGAAAAUGGUUUGUCUGCCACGUCCACCAAAGAGAGUCUGGCAGAGGAGCUAGUACCUUCAGACAGUAAGACCUCACUGAAUACAGCCAGAGAUCAGAAUGUUACACCUGCUAAGAAAACAGACAGUCCAGACAUGAUGAGAGCGGCCAUGUACUCUGUGGAGAUCACAGUAGAGAAGGACAGAAUCACAGGGGAGACUAAAGUCCUCUCCAGCAACACUGUGCUCCCCCAAGAGCACCCCCUGCAGGGGGUCAAGGUGUAUGAAGAUGAUCAAAAAGUAGUUCACGCAGUAGGACCAGAGACCACUGUUCCCGGUGAUGGUGUUCAUUCUCUAAGCUCUGUGGAGGUAGAAGAUCUUAUUCACAAAGCAGAGGAGGCAACUUUGAGUGAAAUUUCCCUAACUGAUGAUAAGACCAGUAUGCAAAGAGUUUCUCCCAGAAAGGAGAUUCCUGGUGUCCAGGCACGAACACCUCAGACCCCUCCGGGACCAGAGCCUCCAGUCACGAUGAUCUUCAUGGGCUACCAGAAUGUGGAGGAUGAGAAUGAGACCAAGAAAGUUCUGGGCCUUGAGGAGGCCAUCACAGCAGAACUAGUGGUUAUUAAUGAUGGAGACCCUCAACCUGCUGCUGAUGGGGACCUGACAGAGAAGACCCAACACCCCCCUAAUGGGGCCCCUGUAGAUCCCUCCAACAAGAGUGAAAAGCAAGAGACCAAUGACACAGCACCACCUAAAAGUGGCGAACAGGAUCUCACCAUGAAGAAACAGAGGUGCAAAUGUUGCAGUGUGAUGUAAACAUAAUGCUAUAGGGGGUUGUCUUCCUUCUCUGCCUUCCCCCUAUAAACUGGUAAGGGGUAGCUGGUCUUUCACAAUGUAGCCUGGAAGAAGGCUACUCCCUUGUCAGCUUGAAAGGGUUAUUUCCCCAGCCACUGAAGCAGUGGAAAGUCAUCUCCUUUACCAUUAGGAACUCCUUUUUCCAUAUAUCCUUUCCAAAACAUAGGAGUGUCCAUCUUUAUCCCCCCAAAAUUCAUGUGACGUGAACUAAGCCUUACUCAGUGCCCUACUGAGAGUUUUUUCUUCCCCCAGAAAUUGGAAAGAGGCUUCCCUCUACAAAUCUGAAAUAAGAGUAUCUAUCCACCUCAGAGGAGCUCUCCUACCCAGAUUACUCUUAUGUACAGAAAAAAAAUCAAACAUUGUCCUCUUGUGAGCAUCCUACCUGUAUUAUUCCCUCUAUGAACAAUCUGCAGCACUCUAUAAGAUAGAAAAAGCUACUGCCAUUUUACGAAUGAGUGGAAAAGAGCUUGAGCCCCACCACUAAAUCCCUUGAUAAUCUCUUGUUACCCAGUUUCUCAUGAUGUACAACCAUGCUUGGUUGUAGUGCUUAAGUAACUCUUGACUCUAUUGCAAGCUGAAAACAAAGGUGAAUUUACGGUUAACCAAGAUUCCUUGAAAUAACAUGAUACUUGGAUAUCUACUUCCUCUAUAAAUAUGUCAAGUAUUACUAACUACCGAAGUAUAUAUUAGAAAAUCCACAAUGCACUUGAUAUAUGAUGUAUUUGUAUGACAGCUGGAGCAGCUGUUAUUGAGGAUUAGUAACAUGUUUUUCUUAAUUCUGGAAAAUCCUAAAUCAUCAUAUGAGAUUCCAAUUGUGGCGAUUCGUUUGCAAGGUCACAACCAGACUGAGGCCAAUGUAGGGUCUGGUAGGAAGAUUUUGAAGGGUGGAGACUGGUGGAUGUGGCUAUGAUUUAGCUCUUGACUGCUGGGAAGGAUUGUAGUGUUUUGAAAAGUGUUGUUAUCAUAUUUACUGAGGGUAUGUUGUAGGUUCUUCUGCAUUUCUUGUGUCCCCCUAUGAGUGUGUCAUUUGUUUACUGUGACCCUUCCCAGUUGACUUUGCCUGUCCUUAGUCAUGGUCAUCAUGCUGGGAGUCGUAAAGGUGGUGGGGCAAGGCUGGACAUUCAUACUGGUGCCUCUAUCUCCUGCUCUGGACUAUUUACCCUGCCUGAUACUGAACCUGGCCCGCCCUCCCCUUUCCUCUCACCCAGAUUUCAGACCGACUCAUUGUAAAAAAAAUCUCAGUAAGUAAAUAAACUGUGUCAUUUACUCUCACAA